ACACGCUGUCGUAGCAUUUGUCAUUUUCCGGUCGUCAUUCGUACGCGCGACUUUUUGGCGAGUGUGUAAAAAGUAGGCUCCGCCUCUGAAAAAGUGAACCAAAAAGCAAUCUGCUAGCCCCAAACUUCCACAAAGAAAGUUCACACAUCAUAAUGGCCGACAAGCAGCAGGACAGCGAGAUGAACGGCGAGGAUUUCACCAAGGACGUGACCGCCGACGGCCCGAGCUCGGAAAACGGAGACGGGGCCGCCGCCGGCUCCACAAACGGCAGUUCCGACCACCAAUCUGGCCAGCGUGAUGACGACAGAAAACUGUUUGUUGGCGGUCUGAGCUGGGAAACGACUGAGAAGGAACUCCGCGAUCAUUUUGGCAAGUACGGAGAGAUUGAGAGCAUCAAUGUCAAGACAGACCCCCAGACCGGACGCUCACGAGGAUUCGCCUUCAUUGUGUUCACAAGCACAGAGGCUAUUGAUAAGGUCAGCGCCGCCGAUGAGCACAUUAUCAACAGCAAGAAGGUCGAUCCCAAGAAGGCCAAGGCACGACACGGCAAGAUCUUUGUGGGUGGCCUGACCACAGAAAUCUCCGAUGAUGAAAUUAAGACCUACUUUGGACAGUUUGGAAACAUCGUCGAGGUUGAAAUGCCAUUCGACAAGCAAAAGUCGCAGCGCAAGGGCUUCUGUUUCAUCACCUUCGAUUCGGAGCAGGUUGUCACGGACUUGCUGAAAACGCCCAAGCAGAAGAUUGCCGGCAAGGAGGUCGAUGUUAAGCGAGCAACGCCCAAGCCGGAGAACCAGAUGAUGGGUGGUAUGCGUGGUGGACCACGCGGUGGUAUGCGUGGUGGACGCGGUGGUUACGGAGGACGUGGGGGCUACAACAACCAGUGGGAUGGCCAGGGCUCCUACUCGGGCUAUGGCGGCUACGGCGGAUAUGGCGCUGGUGGCUAUGGCGACUACUAUACCGGCGGCUACUAUAAUGGAUAUGACUACGGUUAUGGUGGCGGCGGCGGUAACUUUAACGGCGGAAAGCAGCGCGGUGGCGGCGGUGGACGCCAGCAGCGGCAUCAGCCCUACUAAACGGGCGGGGACGUGGGCAUUGGGUAUAACGCAUUCUCCAGAUAACUACAAACUAUUUGAAUUUUACCUAGUUUAGUUUGUUAUGCAUUACUACAAAUACAACACACACACACAUCCAUCUGAGUAAACGCAUAUAUACUAGUUUGUAUAUAUCUGAAAAAAAAAUAUAUAUAAAACGGUAAAGAGGGACUCAUUGCAUUGAAUAGACUGGCUGGCUGGGAUUAACAUUAUCAACAGCAGCUACCUUUACAACACCUCUACACACACUUGAUGUGUAGCACCAUUCCAACAACAGCAACUUGAGAACAUCAGCAAAGGGAGCAACAAGAACAGCAAGAGUAGCAGUAGUAAAGCAUCAAAUAUACACUUACACACACACUACACACAAAAGCACACAUACGUAUAGUUAGGCCUAGAGAGAUAUAAUUUUUCAGCAAGUGGCUAAUUUUUCAUAGCCACACGCUCAUUAAGCAGGCUAAAGGUAACCACACAAAGCAAGCAAGCAAGCAGCCAACCAACCAACCAACCAACCGCCCACCAACAACCCUUCAACCCUUGGAAAACCCACAAGACAACCUUGCAGAGAAAACAUAGCACACAACAUUUACCAAACUAAAUAAUGCCAUGCCCCGCUCACGUUGUCUGUGUGUCGAAACUAAUUUGUUUUUCUAAUGUAGUCCCAUACAUUAUGCGAGGUAAUUGUUUAACGUGUCAGCAGGACAGGGAAACGGAAGAAAAAAAAAACAUACUUACAAAACAAAAACACAUACAGCUAAAAUGUUUCAUACAUACAAUAGAGUAUAAGUAUUUGUUUAACUUUAGUUAUGAAUUAACUGUAAUAUGUAAUAAUAAUUAUAAACCAAGAAACAAGAAACCAAGCAAGCAAGCAUUGACUGGCUGGAACAUCGAGUUGCAUUGUUCCCGUUCGAUUGAAACAAAGAAUAGAUAAAAACUAUAUACGACAACCGGAAAUACAACCUACAAGAAACAAACAAAUCCACCAUUAUAAUAAUACUGAGCAGAUGAAAGCGAAAACGCCAGAUAAGUUUUUGUUUUCGGGUAUGUAUUUACGCUCAUAGACUACAUAUAUACAUGCAUACAUAAUACAUAUAUCUAUAUUUAUAUACACACUUCGAAAGGGAAGAGAUUUAUAUUUUAAUAAAAGUCUAAAGCCACACAAGAACAUUAUCUACUUACCCUUACUAUUGUAUAGACCACAGCAAGAUUGCGAAUUGUUAAAUCAAAUCUAUGUAUACAUUACUAUAGCUAUAUAUGAAAAAAAUCUAUAUAUGAAAUCGUCCGACAAAAAAGCUAACUGAGAGAGCAGAUGGAAGAUGCCGAUUGUGUGCUGGAUGGGCAGGUUUAGGUAGCAUUUCAAGAAGAGAUCGAUGCGUGUGUAAUUGUAGUUUCUCCCCUUAAAAGUAAACAAAAAAAGAAAACAUUCUCAAGCGAAGAUACAACCUAACUUUACUGAACGAUAAGAGAUCAGACAGUUUUAAAGCGAAUUACAUUAAAGAAACUCUCAAGUAAA